AUGCUAAAGUUUCAGAAUCUCGUAAAGCCAGCUUUGGAAGAACUGCUCCAAGAGACUCCGGGCAUUAUUCCGGAGGAUUUGGAUACACUGCGUGGCUCACAAGAUCGCGCUUUAUCGAACGCUUUUGCUAAAGCAGAUGACACAUCUUUGAGAUGGAGGAAGUUUGCAACCACGUUUCUGAAUAAGCUGGGCGUAUUCUUUGCGGCUCCAUCAAGAUGA